AUGCCAUGCUUCGAGUUCGCUGCACGCCGUCCUCGGGCCCCGAGUCCCGGCUCCUCCGCGCCUAGCGACUGGCUGAAAACCUGCGUAGCAGCCCUGAGGCUCCCAUGGACGCUGGAGUGUUUUCAUCUUCAGGGUCGGAGUAUGAUGCCGACCCUGCGAGGAGGCCCGGGUCUUUGCGAUAGUGAUCUCGUGGUGGGCUUGCGCCCGGGGAGAUCGGUCCAUCUGGUCCCGCAAACCGGAGACAUUGUGCUGCUGGUGGACGAAACUGGCCGCAUGGUCAAGCGGCUCAAAAACAUCGUGUUCGAGGCUCCGACGGUUUUCGCCAAGCACCACGAUGAUUGGGCUUUGCAACCUUUAAGCAGCCUGCGUGGCUGGUGCUGGGUCGAAGGUGACAACGCCAUGCUCUCCGAGGACUCCCGUAUCUUCGGUUGGUUGCCAUCGCACCGCUUGGAGGCGGUGGCGAUCGCCGUCGUAUGGCCCCCUUGGCGCAGUACCUGGCUGCUUGAACCUGGCCGAGUGCGCGAUGCCUUGUCGCCGGAGGGAGUGCGGUCGCUGUGCUGCUGUCGCAUGCCGGUACAGUUGCUGCGCCGCCUCUGGCGAAAGACCGUCUUACUGGGGCUCAUGGAGUUGGGGUGUAAGUCUGCAGCAUCUUGA